UCUACACAGAAGUCAGCUGUCAGCUGCCAUGAACCUACAGCGCCUCUCCUCUCUGCUGCUCUGUGUCGUUUUCACCAUACGGACAGCUGCCGCUCACACAUCUGCACUGGAUCAUGUGACCGUGAUGUCAUCAUCGGGGGAGGGGCUUCAGAGCGCCGUGGGGGAAGAUUUGGAAGCUGAUGAUGACCAGGAUCCAUCGGGAAUGUUCAGUGAUCCAACUUUGUUUAAAGUAACCCAAGUCAGUAAAGGAGACGAGCAGGAUCACAAACGCUCUGGACGCAAAAAGAACAAAGGAAGAAAAAAGAAUAAAAAUAUCACUCCAGUUCAGCCGAUUCACACGUUCAGUCACAGGAGCCACAGCACGACCGCUGACCCCUGCCUGACCUCUCAUCUGGACUACUGCAUCCACGGCCACUGCACGUACCUGCACGGCCUGAGAGAGCCUGUCUGUGUGUGUAGGAGAGGUUAUGAUGGGGAGCGCUGUGGGAUCCAGCUGCUCGGGACGUCUCGGGACGAGAGCAGCACUGAUAGGACCCACACUGCGCUUGUCAUUAUGGCUGUCGUCCUGUCAGUCAUCAGCUGCCUAGCCAUUCUGCUCAUGGUCUGCGUGCACUAUAGAACACAUCAUCGCUUUCAGGCGGCGUUCCUGAGCUCCACCAGUGAGAGAGAGAAACUAGAGAAGAAGAACAUCAUGGUGUGAAGAGGAAGUAGAAUUCACGGUGAUGUCACUGCUGUGGAGUGCACUACAGAUAUAUUGCACAUAGAAUAACAUAAUAAAACCCACUGUAACAAUAUAUUUAUUGUUUGUACCUAUUUAUUAACAAAUUAUAUAAUUUACUUAGUAUUUCUGUUUAUUUUGAUAAUAAAAAAACUAAUGUUCAUUUGAUAUGAGAUGUUCAUGUGCACAUAUGAAA